GCGUCUGUAUAACCUGACCCAUGGCAGAUUUCAUGUUUUCGAGCGAAAAUGUCACAAGACAGAAAUGCGUUAUGCUGUUUAAUUUUACAGGAACAUUUCGGAGAAUUAAUUUCGAAGGUCGCUCAAGUUUUACUCAAGAAAGGACCGUGCAUACUUAAAUACAUAUUGGUGGAAUCGGGACUUCAAUUGAAACAGGUGAAGAAGCUGCUCUGUCUUCUUAUACAACACAACAUUGUCACAUUCGACUUUAACAAGAAAGGAUUGACAGAAUACACCAUACAUUGUGAUGUCAUCCAGUGGCGUAUCCGGUUUCCUCGCUACAUCUACUGUGCCAAGACUCUGUAUGGUGAUGCAGCAGAACUUCUGGUGGAGGAACUCCUGCACAAGGGACGGUGUCUGAUGAGUGAGACAAUCAUCGCCAUUACAGACAAACUCAAUGAAGCCCUUGAUGCCUCAGGACAUCCUGGGAUAACUGCCGGGCUUGUUAAGGAGAAAUUUGAGAGUUUAGCAAAAACACAUUUCAUUCAGCGUUGUCGAAGUUGUUUGGACAAAGAGGUCACUGAUGAAGCUGCUGCUGGACAACCACCUGACGAGGAGGAGCUGUACAUUAUACCUAAAAUGGAUAUUGAUGGAGAAGCCAGCAGAAAACGGAAGCUGUCCACUGAAGGGGAGGGAACUCCUGCUAAAAGAAGCAGAACAGAAUCAAAGGAGAGUGCAGAGGUUCCAAAGGAUGAUGGCGUUUACUGGCGAGUUAACUUUGCCCGGUUCCACCAACAUAUCCGGGAUCAGACCUUGGUAGCAUCCACUGCCAGUAAGAUAGACACGAAAGCUGGGGAAGUACUGCGAACUUUUCUGAGAUUGAGUGAGACAAAAUUUUCGUCAGGAUCCACAACCUCAAGUGCGAUAAGUGUCAAUGAGGUGUUCCAUGCCUUGCCCAAGGAGCUGUUUCUGACCAGACAUGUGCUGGAGAUGUACAUGACGAUGUUGUGUGAUGACAUGAAUGGAAUGUUCAACAAGGUAGAUGAGAUGUCUGGCGGUUUGUAUGCUGUCAAUUUCUACAAGGGUUUGCAGGAGAUUGCCAAAGCCCACUUAGAGUCUGUGGUACAAGAACGAUUUGGUUCAAAGUGCUUAAGAAUCUUCAGAGUCUUGUUGAUGAAGCAGCACUCGAAGCAAAAACAGAUUGAAGACUACGCUAUGAUAUCUGCCAAGGAAGCUAAGGAACUGCUGUAUAACAUGUUUUCUGAAAACUUCAUCACCUUAACCGAAGUGUCCAAAACUCCUGACCAUGCUCCCUCCCGCACAUUCUACCUGUUCAACGUAGACAUUCCCCAGGUGACCAGGAUUGUACAGCAGAGAUGUUACAAGGCUGUGAAGAAUGCCAUGAUACGACGUGAAACAGAGGUGGCUGAACACAGGAGACUCCUUGACAAGAAGGAGAGAGUGGAUGCUAUUUUAGCGACACUGACCGAUAAAGAGCAGAGGGAGGAGAUAGAACAGACCAUCAGUCCCCCGGAACAGGAGCAGAUACUCAAGAUCAAGCGCAUUGUGCGGAUGUUAGACCAGUGUGAGACCCAGUUAUAUCAUGUUGUUUUCUAUAUUGUUGUAGGUUAGACCAGUUCGAGACCCAGUUAGAUGAUGUUGUUUUCUAUACUGUUGUAGGUUAGACCAGUUAGAUGAUGUUAUUUUCUAUACUGUUGUAGGUUAGACCAGUUAGAUGAUGUUGUUUUCUAUAUUGUUGUAGAUAGACCAG